AUGGCCACCGACCCUGAGAGCCAACGCGACAUAGAACUUAGCUCCCUUGAAGCGAUCUAUCCAGAGAUUCAACAUCCAGUUCCAGACAAUCCAUAUACCUUCGUCCUCGCCCUCCCCAUAACCCCACCCAAGCCCGUAACCGUCUUCUCCCGACGGCCUGAUAGCGAUCUUGCUUCUCAAGCCCACACAGAUGCUGGUCACUCACAAGAAGUAGUGCACUUACCAGCUCUUCGCCUUGAGGUUUCCCUGGGUCCGAACUAUCCUGAAACGGAACCUCCCAAAGUCACCAUCUCUGCCCAGCCGGCAUGGGUCCCUCAAGACAAGCUCAGCCAGCUGGAGGCUGAAGUGUCAAACCUGUGGGAAUCACUUGGGAGGGACAUGGUUGUUUUCAGCUUCAUCGACCAUGUCCAGCAAGCUGCGGAUGAAGUCUUCGGAUUGAUUAAUGAAAAGGGAGUGCUGGAGGUCGAUUCAGGGCUUAUGAUUGCCCUUUUGGAUUACGACUUUGAAGCGCGGCGAGCCGCGUUCGCGAAGGAAACUUUCGACUGUGGCAUAUGCUUGGAGCCCAAGAAAGGCUCCGUCUGUCACCGAAUGCUCGACUGCGGCCAUGUCUUUUGCGUCCAAUGUCUUCAGGACUUCUACAAUGCUGCCAUCAAAGAGGGCGACAUCGCGGCUGUACGGUGCCUCGAGCCCGGUUGCGCGAAAGAGCGAGCCAACGCCGUCUCCGACAAGCGGCGCAAGAAGCAGGCUGAGUCCGUCAGUCCCAGCGAACUGCUCCAGAUUCCCCUUGAUAAGGAUGUCGUAAAGCGUUACGUUGACCUGAAAUACAAGAUCGCCCUCGAGACCGACAAGAACACGGUCUACUGCCCUCGCUCUUGGUGUAAUGGCGCCGCCCGGUCCAAGAGGCACAAGAAGCCCCAAGGCCUGGAGCUACCCGAGGCCUCGGACGACGAGGACAACGAAGAGUCCGAGGAGGACGAUGAACGGCUGGCAAUCUGCGUGGACUGCAACUUCGCCUUCUGCAAGCGAUGUAAGAAAUCGUGGCACGGCCCGUUCGUCUACUGCAAGCGCACAGUCGAGGAGAAAAAUCAGGGACAGACCAUCGAGGAUUUGGCCACGCUGGAGUACAUCCGUCGCUACACCAGCCCGUGUCCAAGCUGCGACGCUCCUGUCCAAAAGACCGCGGGCUGCAACCACAUGCGCUGCUCUCGCUGCGAUACUCAUUUCUGCUACCUUUGCUCUGCCUGGCUCGAACCAAGCAACCCUUACCGGCACUUCAAUGGUGGCUCGCCCUACUGCACAGGGCGCCUCUGGGAGCUGGAGGCCGGACAAGAAGCUUGGGACGUUGACAUCGAGCGCGACUUGCAAGGUGGCCCUGCUACUGAUCCCAACCGCGACCCUUUUGCCACCCAUGUUUUUAACUAUGACCAGCCCGAGCAACGUGCGGCCGCCCUGGACGAUGCGCGCUUCGAUAUGCGAGCCGCGAUCAUGGAUUUUGUUGGCUUUGAUGAUGACGAGGUUCUAGGGAUGCAAGCUGCACUUGUUCCCCCUGCUGAACAACCAGCUGCUGCCGGUGCGCAGCAGCAGGACGAGGCGGAACAAGCCCACGGUCUUCCAGAAGACCCUGGCCAACUCCGGCUCCGGCCAACGCAGAGCGGCGUCCUCCUGCUCCGGCUGCUGCUCCUGCGCGGCGAGGAGAACGAGGAUGGGGACAGAUUGAUAGACCUGCUGGCAGAGGUGGCGCAGCCGCUGGUCAGCGACGAGCAGCAGCAGCAGGACAGGGAAGAGGAGGGAAUAAUAAUAGGCCCGCUGGUCGAGGAGGAGCAGAUGCUCAGAGGGGUAGACGUGCAGGAGCUGGAGUUGCCCGUGGUCGCGGAGCUGGGCCUGUUCCUAAUCAUCAAGGACAUAACAUGA